UUUUCCCUGAACAGAGUCUUCCAGUGACUGAAGGCAACCAGUGAUGGAAGGGGGCAGCAACAGCUCCUCAGAGCGCUUCAUUCUGAUGGGUCUCUCUGACCAUCCCAAGCUGGAGAUGAUCUUUUUCAUAAUCAUUCUCUUCUCUUAUAUGCUGACCCUUGUUGGGAACUCAACCAUCAUCCUGCUUUCCCGCCUUGAUGCCCGGCUACACACACCCAUGUACUUUUUCCUCAGCAACCUCUCCUCCCUGGACCUCGCCUUUACUACCAGCUCAGUCCCCCAAAUGCUGAUCAAUUUAUGGGGCCCAGACAAGUCCAUCAGCUAUGGUGGCUGUGUGACCCAACUCUAUGUCUUCCUUUGGUUGGGGGCUACUGAGUGCAUCCUACUUGUGGUGAUGGCAUUUGACCGCUAUGUGGCAGUUUGCCGGCCCCUGCACUACACAACCAUUAUGAAUCCUCGGCUCUGCUGGCUGCUGGCUGCUGUGAGCUGGUUGGGGGGCUUGGGUAACUCUGUAAUCCAGUCCACAUUUACUCUGCAGCUCCCAUUCUGUGGACACCGGAGGGUAGACAACUUCCUGUGUGAGGUGCCCGCCAUGAUCAAGCUGGCCUGUGGAGACACAAGUCUCAAUGAGGCCGUGCUCAAUGGUGUCUGCACCUUCUUCACUGCAGUCCCACUGAGUAUCAUCCUGAUCUCCUACUGCUUCAUUGCUCAGGCUGUGCUGAAAAUCCGCUCUGUGGAGGGGCGGCGAAAGGCCUUCAACACUUGCCUCUCCCAUUUAGUAGUGGUGUUCCUCUUCUAUGGCUCAGCCAUCUAUGGGUAUCUGCUUCCGGCUAAGAGCAGCAACCAGGACCAGGGCAAAUUCAUCUCCCUCUUCUACUCUGUGGUCACACCCAUGGUAAAUCCUCUCAUUUAUACUCUAAGGAAUAAGGAAGUGAAGGGAUCCCUGAGAAGGCUGCUGGGGAAAGGAAGAGAAGCUGGCUGAGAGACGAGGAAACUCCUUUGUUAUUGUCUCUUCAUUUCUGCACACUUUUUCUCAUUAUUUCUCUGGACAGGUGAGCAUGAGGAGUACUAACCCCAGUAAAUCAAGGCAUAUCCAUGAAUGCCCUGAACUGUUGGUACAUGGUUAGUGGUAUUUGAUACAAUCUAUAUUUACCAGAAAUCCCACUGUGGGCUACAGAUAACAGGGCAGAUGUGUGUUGUCGAAGGCUUAGAAGGUAUUGACCUAUACAGUUCUGUCUCACUUUCUUUGUCAUAUUACUUAUUGUGCCUUGUAUUUCUGCAAAGUACUGUAUGUUUCUAAAGAAAGCAAAUUUACUUGCAUUUUCUUCAUGUUUCUAUAAUUUGAUGAAAUCAAAUCAUCUAUUAUUAACUGCAUAUGAAAACCUGCCAGAAGCUAUCCAUGAACUGUACAUGAACCAAAUCUGCAAGGAAACCACUGGGUAGGAAAGUCUGGUAUCCAGGAACUCACAGCAGAACUCCUGCUGGUCUGAGAUGACCCAGUACAUGUGAUAUCCUAUCUAGCUUUGCCAGUUCAACACUGCACUGGAGUUGGCGUGACCCACUGGAGCCACAUAGACACAAAGCCUCUCAGAGAUGGGUGUGGCUUGCCAAGAUGCCAAUUAACCUGUUGACUGCAGGACACCAGGAAGGAAGACUCCACCUGCUGAAAUCUUAUCCCUGCCUUUGAUGUACUCUCCCUUAAAUAAAGGACUGGAGCCAUUUUCUAGUUGUUUGGUUCCAGCUCCUACCAGGACUGGAGAACCUAUCAGGUACUCCAUUAGAACCUAUUUUCUGACUCUGGCUCUUAAUUCUUAACUAAUUAUUUCAGACUUUCUUUUUCUUAGGUGACUCAUCACCUCCUGAGCAGAAAACUACCCUGGCAGGGUGCUGGCAACCCCACAAUAAAAACACAAGCAAAUCA